GUGUUUGUCCAGGCAUCGCUUCCCCUUCCGGUUUCUUCUCACCGAAAUGUCGUCGACGUUGGACAAAGUCUCUGCAGAAGUCGCUGCCGAUCUUCAACUCGCAGAGCCCAAGAAACAGAACCUACGCAAAACCUUCAACCUCCUUAAAACUCACGCUGCUGCCGUUGCCAAUUUCACCCUUCAAUGGCAGGACCUGGAGGACCACUUCCUCUCCAUCAGCAAUUCAAUCCAAGUCAAACUCCAAGAACUCGAAGCCGAAAAGACCAAACUUGCUACAACCCUCCAAUCCCAAGCCGGUUUCCAACAAACCCUUUUCUCUCCCGUUCUCCUUUCCCAAGUCAAAUCUGAGGAAACCCAGAUCAAUUCCGAUGAAAUUCAAUUGAUUCCGACCCUCCAAUCCGAAGCCAAAUCCCAAGAGACCCAAUUGACUCCAACCCACCAAUCCCAAGACAAAGGCAAAGAGACCCAAUCCACUUCCAAGCAAGCCCAAUUGGCUCCAACCAUUGAAAUCCAAUUCAGUACAGAAACCCAAUUGAUUCCAACUCUUAAAUCCCAAGCAAAAUCUAAAGAAACCCAACCUACAAUCCUUCAAAGCCAAGCGAAAACUGAAGAAUCUGUGCCCGAAAAUCCAUCUGUUAACGGCAUUCCAAUAUAUGAUGGGAAGGCAUUGUUACUGCACUUGAAUGAGCAUCAUUUGAAAGAACACGAAUCAAUGCGCGAUGAUUUAUAUAAUGCGCUUAAGGUUUCAGUGGAUUCGGGGAAGCUAGUGCUUGAGGCAAUGAAAUGGUUUUAUUCACUGGAAAAGAAGAAGGGAGAUAUAGAUCCCGAGGUUGCUGCUGUUAGGAGGAGUUGUGUGCUUUUGUUAGAGGAGUUGAUGAGAGUGAAACCGGUUAUUAAAGCAGAAGUGAGAGAAGAGGCAGUGAACCUAGCCCUCGAGUGUAAGUCAAAGUUGAGCGUGGGGGUGGAGAACUCUUGGAAGAUUUUUGGGUUUUUGCUGCUUUUGAGUGCAUUUGGGUUAACGGGUGAGUUUCAAAGUGAAGAGGUUUUGGACCUUUUUGUUUGUGUUCUGCAGCGAAAACACGCCCCUGAGUUGUUUCAGGCUCUUGGUUUUGCUGAUAAGGCGUCUGAUUUUAUCCAAAAGCUAAUUUCACAGGAUAAGCGACUUGAUGCUAUCAGAUUUAUUUAUGCAUACGAAAUGGUUGACAAGUUCCCUCCAGUACCCCUGCUUAAAGCCCAUUUGAAGCUUGCCAAGAAGAUUGCGAUGAGUUGCAAGGGAAAAAACUCUAUCAAAGCACAGGAUGAGGCCACAAACAAAGAAAUAGCUGCUAUAAGAGCUGUAAUAAAAUGCAUUGAUAAUUACCAGCUUGGUUCCCAACUCUCUCCUGAGAACCUUAGAAACCUUAUCAAGCAUCUGACAGAGAAGAGAAAAGAGAGGAAGGCUACUGCAACGGCGUCGGGCCCCAAGGCUCAGGUGCGCCAACAGAGUGCAAAUAAACGUACUGCCCCUGACAACAAAGCUCAAUUGAAUCAGCAGAACAGAAAUAAGCGUCCUCGGAGUGAUGCAGCGUUCAAACCAGCCGGCUUUUAUGCAGGUCAAAGUGCCGAACUUUUAAACCCAUCUGCCGGAACGUCAGCAGCAGCUGCUAUGCCUAAUGUUUCUUUUGGCCACUCUAGGCAACCAACUCAUCAUCAACCAGAAAGCUCAUUCACUGGUCAACAUGCUCGAUACUUAACCCCGUCUGCUGGACAAUAUAGUUUUGCACGUUACUCUCCAGAUCCGCCACAUCCGAGCUUACCGGCUGGACGGUAUGGUUUGCUGCAUUCCAGGAGCUUGACUGGUGGACCUUUUGGAUUGAUGAGCCCCACUCGUACUGGACAGUACGGAAUGGCGGACUCUAUCCCCAGCACUGCUCGCAUGAGCUCAUCAGCUGGGCAUUAUGGAUCAAGUAUUGCUGCAAAUGGGAGCACUGGACGGAUUGGAUCAGCUGGAACCCUUGCAGCCAUGGGCUAUGCUCCUAAUUCAAGUCCGGACAGACCCGUUCCUUAUUAUCCGGGGCAUCCACCUAGACCCCAUAGUCAGUAUGAUCGGUCUGUAUGGCUAUGAUGCCCUGCCAACCAUUAUUUAUCAUCUUUAGAUAUUACUCUUGAGGGCUUCUUUUCUUGCUCCCUGCUUCUGUCUUAUCCUCCUCAUUGAAACUUAACUUGUCUUAAGUAGACAUUCUUGUGUACGGCUUGCAGGUAGAAAGAAAGAUCCUCCUGGUUUACA